UUAAGUUGGGGCCCAAGAUCUUAUUUUAAUUUGGCAAAACUUUGUUGACUUGAGAGAGAAUAUUUUUUGGAAAUGGAAGGUGCAGCUGCGGGUUUGCUAUUCGAUACACUAAAAUCCGUGGUGCAGUCGUAUAUUCAGCAGCAGCAGGAGCAAUCGCGGGUGAUCAGCGACGCUCGUGAUCACGUGGAGCAGCUGGAGAAUGAUAUCAGGUUUUUGAAAGAAUUUGUAGAAGAGUCCAUCAAGAGAUUCGAGACGAAGGAGAAUUUAAUCACGAGAGACCUUCUAAGGAAAGUGCGUAGCUGUAUUUACGACGCAGAGGACGCCAUCGACUCCUUCCUGGUCGAUGGCUUCGGGAAGCCGAAAGCCAAGCUCGCCGAAAUCGCCAAGCUUGUGGAGUCCAUCAGAAACAAGGUCACGCCUCUCCGCGACAGCUAGCGUUGAAGAGCAAAUUAAAAGCCGCACCCAUCCUGAAUCUGCUGAAUACAAGAGUCCCCCAGGAAAACCGAAGUAUGUGGUGGGUUUUGUGGAUAAAGAAAAAGAAAUAAAGGAUGGUCUCACCAAAUGUACCCAACAUCUUGAUGCCAUCUUCGUUACUGGAAUGCAUGGCGUAGGUAAGACGACACUUGUGGCUAAGGUCUUCCAUGAUCCAGAUAUUCGAAAGAAUUUCACCAUAGCACCUAUAUGGGUUCAUGCUUCAAAUUCUACAACGAAGCAUAUUUUGGUUGACAUUCUGAGGCAACUUGAUGAACUCCCUCAAGAUGCAUCUCAGAGAUGUGCUGAAGAUCUAUCCAUACUGGUGGCUUCCUGCUUGGAGGGAAGGAAAUUCUUGAUAGUCAUGGAUGAUGUGCAUGAACACCCUCAUGACCGCCUUUGAACGGAGCGAUGGAAAUAGUAAAGUCUUGAUCACCAGCAAUAACAACGAAACGGCAAGAUCAAUGGGUCGAGAUAAUCCAUCUGUUGAGUUGGAACCACUGAAGUUUGAAGAAAGCUGGGAUCUCUUUCAAUAUCAGGUAUUUGGCAACGUCGGAUGCCCUCCUGAGUUGGAAAUAAAUGGGAGGCUGAUCGCAGAGCAGUGCGAUGGCCUGCCAAAGACAAUAGAGAUCGUGGCGGGUAUUCUUGGCAAGAAGGAUUCAAGGAAAUAUGAAAUGAAUGAAAGGUUAAGAAUUUGGAAAAAUGUAUGCGGAAGCAUGACAACUUAUUUCAACGACCAAGGAGGUCAAAUAUAUUGGCAAGUUACAAUAAUUUGGACUCUCACUUGAGACCUUGCUUUCUGUACAUGGGAAUAUUCCCUGAGCGGUCAAAGUUUUCGGUCUCAAAAUUGAUUCGGAUGUGGAUUGCAGAAGGAUUUAUUGUAGGGGGAAAUGUAAGUUUGAGCUUGGAGGAGACUGCACAUGACUAUUUGAAAUCUCUUAUCGACAGAAAUUUGGUUAUAGUCGAUGACCGAAAACCAGACGGUUCAGCUAAAACAUGCAGCAUGAAUUAUCUCAUGUACGAAUUUUGCAAAACUGAAGCUGGAAAUGAGAGAGAGAACUUUCUUGAAGAAGUGAAGAAAUCCACAACAGAUGGAGUUUUUCAUCCUUCUGUUGACCAAGUAGAGAAAUAUCGUCGCGUUUGUAUCCACGAUGAUUUCUCUAGAUUCAUCUCUAAAUUUGUCUCCUUAAGAGGUCACAGAAGCCUCCAUGUCCGCCUCCGGUCGUUAAUUUCCCACUCAGAAGAAACGUGCCCCCUAAAGAAGAAGGACGUUUCAGUCAUCGGUGCAGCUUUCAAACUUCUUAGGGUGUUGGAUGCCAAGCCAAUGGGAUUCACCAAAUUUCCCGGCGACUUGUACCGGCUGGUUCUUUUGCGGUACGUCACCCUCUCCCUCAAAGCACCUGUUCUUACUAAAGAUGUCUCCAAACUUCGGAGCAUACAAACUCUUGUGGUCCAUACAACAUCUCCUUCCCUCAAAAUCGAAGCUGAUAUCUUGAAGAUGACUGAGCUAAGACAUCUUAAGACAAACGUGUCCGCGACUUUGCCCAAGACGGAUAAGAAGUGCAACGAUGGUGAACAGCUUCAGACACUGUGUUAUGGAUUCGCUUCCUCAACGUCGAAUUCCAAGCGAAAUCAAGAAACGGGAUGACGUCUAAUGUCGAGCGCCCAACGCGGGUCGUGACUUGGACGUCAAAAAGGUUGCAGCUGAUCGCGGGAGAUUCCGUCGACAGCUUGGGAGUUGUUUCUUGAGGCAAAAGCAAUUGAGCCAAGUAUUGAUAAUUUUAUUCAUCAUUCGUGUGAUAAUACAUUGGCUCUAUUUAUAACUAAACCCUAGGGUUGGUUCGACCUAUCCUAAUACGUUCGGGAAAGAACCAACUAAGAAAACCCAAACGGGGCCCGUUAAAAAGGCCCGACUCAAUUGUAAACCAAAAAUAAUAAUAUUCUAAAAUAAACCAAAAAGGAAAAGGGACGUAAAAAACAAGAAUGCUGCUAUUCUACUCCCGUAGCCGCUGAGGCUGCUUGAUUCGGUUCCGUGGCCUCAAAGUCCUUGUCGUCGCUGGUGCGCUCUGUUUCUCGGCCACAGCCGCUGGUGCGCUCUGCUUCUCGGGCGCAGCCACCCGUUCCACCUCCUCGGCGAGCUCCGUCUCGCUGCUGCUAGGGAUACUCGUAUCAACUCC